UGCAUAAUGUUGGCCGUCAGAGUUACGCGGAAAGGGUUCCCCUGCACCAACCCCCACUCGUACGGAAGGCAAGAAGCGGCAUCGCGGAGAAGCGGUGAUUUUAGAAAUCACUGUAUUGUCCUUAAACCACAGCCUUGGUAGCAAGCUAGUUUUAAGUGUUUUCUGGUUGAUCCACUAGGUUAUUACUUAUCCAAUUUACCACAGAUGACUUGACAUCACACGCCCGGAUCAAAACAUAGUGAAAUCUUUCACCAACGCCUUCUCUUGCUCCUCUUGGCCCAAGAGAUAAAACACAGAUUAAUCAGUGAGCUAGAUAGCUCUGGAGGCUCUCGGUGAUGUGACAGCAUCCUGAGGUCUUUACAAUACGCAAACCCACCCAACACCCUUUCGGCCUCAUCUAGCCUCCAAUACCCUUUAUAAUUUCCUGUACCGUUCCUCCUUGGUUAUCAGAACAGUCUGAUCCCUUUUCCUGCUUGGAGCAGACCACAUUCCCACCCUAGCAUUUGACAUGAGAGAGAUGGUAUAGCUGACACACACAAAGCCCAGGGGUCAGAAGAGACCCAAACUUUCGAGGUAGCUGGCCUGACAACAGGCUCAAGGGGCAAAUGUUGAAUACUAUCAAAACGUCUGCAUCUCUGUUCAGGAAUUUUCAUUAUAGAUCCAAUGAUAGAGAUAGCAACUGCAGAAGAACAGGGAUAUUUACCCCAUAUCUGUAGAAGCUAAGUGAAAACGCAUGCUGCAAUAGAACGGUGACUAUGACACCAUGCAACCAUACAGUGGGGUGCCUGGCUGUUUAAGAGGUGCAGAUCAUUACUUGGGGGUACGGCAUGCAGAAGACAAGUGCAUCCAGGGAGCUCACAGGCCACCUGACCUAGAUCAGUCAGUGAACUUCAGGCUCAAGGAAAGACAUCAGUAGGAACUCGCCACAGCUAUUUUUUUUCAAACCGAAGAAACUGAUUCUUCUACGGCAGGCUGUGAAAUGAACGACGCUGUGUAGAACUGAAACUAGAACACCACGCCUGGUAACAAGACGGAACCGUGUGCUGUGAAAUCUUGUCGCAGUUGAACAUGUUUCUGUUCAAGAAAGCAGGCCAUUCUUUGGGGAGAGGGUUGAGAAAAAAAAAGAUAUGGAAGUUGGGGUCAGGAGAUCUUGCAUGUGUUGACCAUGUAUGCUGGGCCCCGUGUAUUAAGAAGCAUAGCAUCGAGCUGAGCAAGAUGCCCAAAGGAAAGAAGGCCAAGGGGAAGAAGGUGGCCCCGGCCCCUGCCGUGGUCAAGAAACGAGAGGCCCAAAAGGUGGUCAAUCCUUUGAGAAGAGGCCUAAGAACUUCGGCAUUGGGCAGGACAUCCAGCCCAAAAGAAAUCUCACACGCUUCGUCAAAUGGCCCCCCUACAUCAGGCUGCAGCGGCAAAGAGCCAUCCUCUAUAAGCGGCUCAAAGUACCUCCUGCCAUCAACCAGUUCACCCAGGCCCUGGACAGGCAGACAGCGACUCAGCUGCUUAAGCUCACCCACAAGUACAGGCCAGAGACAAAGCAGGAGAAGAAGCAGAGGCUGCUGGCCCGCGCUGAGAAGAAAGCUGCUGGCAAAGGGGACAUCCCAACUAAGAGACCACCUGUCCUCUGAGCAGGGGUCAAUACAGUCACCACCUCGGUGGAGAACAAGAAGGCUCAGCUGGUGGUGACUGCCCAUGAUGUAGACCCCAUUGAGCUGGUGGUUUUCCUGCCUGCCCUUUGUCGAAAGAUGGGGGUGCCCUACUGCAUCAUCAAGGGGAAGGCCAGAUUGGGGCACCUGGUCCACAGGAAGACGUGCACCACUGUUGCCUUCACACAGGUUAACUCAGAAGACAAGGGUGCUCUGGCUAAGCUGGUGGAAGCUAUUAGGACCAAUUAUAAUGACAGAUAUGACGAGAUCCACCACCACUGGGGAGGCAACGUCCUGGGUCCUAAGUCUGUGGCUCGCACUGCCAAGCUGGAAAAGGCAAAGGCUAAAGAACUCGCCACUAAGCUGGGUUAAAUGUACACUUAAGUUUUCUGUACAUAAAUAUAAUUACAAAAUUUAAAAAAAAAGCACAGCAUCUUGUUGUUGUGGAGAUUAAAUAAGAAACCACGGGCUCGCUCACACUUCGCCGCCGGCUUAUACUGCGUUUCUUUCCGCUGCUCCGUCGUCCCGUCCUCUGCCGAUCGCAAUGGAAGAAGAAAUCGCCGCCCUCGUCAUUGACAAUGGCUCCGGCAUGUGCAAAGCUGGCUUUGCUGGGGACGACGCCCCCAGGGCCGUGUUUCCUUCCAUCGUCGGGCGCCCCCGACACCAGGGUGUCAUGGUGGGCAUGGGCCAGAAAGACUCGUACGUGGGUGAUGAGGCCCAGAGCAAGAGGGGUAUUCUGACCCUGAAGUACCCUAAUGAGCACGGCAUUGUCACCAACUGGGACGACAUGGAGAAGAUCUGGCACCACACCUUCUACAACGAGCUGCGUGUGGCCCCUGAGGAGCACCCGGUGCUUCUGACCGAGGCCCCCCUGAACCCCAAAGCUAACAGAGAGAAGAUGACGCAGAUAAUGUUUGAAACCUUCAAUACCCCAGCCAUGUACGUGGCCAUUCAGGCGGUGCUCUCCUUGUAUGCAUCUGGGCGUACCACUGGCAUUGUCAUGGACUCUGGUGACGGGGUCACACACACAGUGCCCAUCUAUGAGGGCUACGCCCUUCCCCACGCCAUCUUGCGUCUGGACCUGGCUGGCCGGGACCUGACAGACUACCUCAUGAAGAUCCUGACUGAAAGGGGCUACAGCUUUACCACCACUGCUGAGAGGGAAAUUGUUCGUGACAUAAAGGAGAAGCUGUGCUAUGUUGCCCUGGAUUUUGAGCAAGAAAUGGCUACUGCUGCAUCAUCUUCCUCUUUGGAGAAGAGUUAUGAGCUGCCUGAUGGGCAGGUGAUCACCAUUGGCAAUGAGCGCUUCCGGUGUCCAGAGGCUCUCUUCCAGCCUUCCUUCCUGGGCAUGGAGUCCUGUGGCAUCCACGAGACCACCUUCAACUCCAUCAUGAAGUGUGAUGUGGACAUCCGCAAAGACCUGUAUGCCAACACAGUGCUGUCUGGUGGUACCACCAUGUAUCCAGGCAUUGCUGACAGGAUGCAGAAGGAGAUCACAGCCCUGGCUCCCAGCACAAUGAAGAUUAAGAUCAUUGCUCCUCCUGAACGCAAGUACUCAGUCUGGAUUGGCGGCUCCAUCCUGGCCUCACUGUCCACCUUCCAGCAGAUGUGGAUCAGCAAGCAGGAGUAUGAUGAGUCAGGCCCCUCCAUUGUCCACCGCAAAUGCUUCUAGAUGGACUGAGCAGGUGCCAGGCAUCUGCUGCAUGAGCUGAUUCUGAAGUAUCGAUUUGCCCUGGCAAAUGUACACACCUCAUGCUAGCCUCGUGAAACUGGAAUAAGCCUUUGAAAAGAAAUUUGUCCUUGAAGCCUGUAUCUGAUAUCAGCACUGGAUCGUAGAACUUGUUGCCGAUUUUUGACCUUGUAUUCAAGUUAACUGUUCCCUUGGUAUAUGUUUAAUACCCUGUGCAUAUCUUGAUUUAGUCCUUAGUUCAUGUGGCUCGGUCACUUGGUGGCUGGGGAGAUCUGUGGAAAAGUCAGUCAGUCCCCAGCCUAGUGGAUCUCUGUGAGCACCAUGUAGUGAUCUGUGCAGGGUAUUAACCAACAGCAGACUUCCAGGAUUUCCCGAGGCUGGCAAGGGUUCCUGAACUAGUUACCACUUCUUUUCUUGCCAGUCUAACAGGGUGGGAAAGUCCGAGCCUUAGGACCCAGUUUCUGUUCUGGUUUUUUCCCUCCUGACCGCCAUGGGUUGUUACUUGCCUUGAGUUGGGAACGUUUGCAUUGACACCUGUAAAUGUAUUCAUCCUUUUAAUUUAUGUAAGGUUUUUGUACUCAAUUCUUUAAGAAAUGACAAAUUUUGGUUUUCUACUGUUCAGUGAGAACAUUAGGCCCCAGCAACACGUCAUUGUGUAAAGAGAAAUAAAAGUGCUGCAGUAAAAAAAAAAAAAAAAAAAAAAAAAAAGAAA